CCAACGCCCAUGGCACUACCGUCCUCUGCCGUAACGUUUGCGGUCCGAAGACGUAAACCGGAACUUGUUGCUCCGGCAAAGCCCACCCCUUAUGAGUGCAAACUGUUAUCCGACAUCGAUGACCAAGAGAGUCUCCGGUUCAAUAUCCCGGUGAUCCAAUUUUAUACGUGUAAUCCUUCCAUGCAAGCGAAGGACCCUGCUGCGGUUAUUCGGGAAGCACUCGCACAAACUCUAGUGUACUAUUAUCCACUUGCUGGUAGGUUAAGGGAAGGGCCUAACCGCAAGCUUAUGGUGGAUUGUACGGGCGAAGGUGCUUUGUAUAUUGAAGCCGAAGCCGAUGUUGCACUUAAGGAUUUUGGGGAUAUACUUUCUCCACCAUUUCCUUGUGUUGAUGAGCUCCUUUAUGAUGUUCCUAACCCAAAUGAUGUUUUAAAUAGACCUUUGUUGAUCAUUCAGGUGACAAGGUUGAAAUGCGGUGGUUUUAUCUUCGCUAUCAAUGUUAGCCACCUCUUAACUGAUGCCAGUGGCAUGAUUCAAUUGAUUUUAGCCAUGGCCGAGAUAAGUCGUGGAGCAAUCGCCCCUUCAAUACAACCAGUAUGGGAGAGGCACCUUCUAAGUGCUCGAGAUCCGCCACGAGUCUCGUCGUUUCAUCGUGAGUACGACCAAGAAAAAGAGGGUGCCAUCAGUACCACCCCAUUAGAAAACAUGGUUCACCGUUCCUUUUUCUUUGGCCACAAAGAACUUUCAACUCUUCGCAAACUCCUACCCUACCACCUUCGUCAAUGUUCGAGGUUUGAACUCUUAGCUGCUUGCUUAUGGCGUUGUCGAACCAUUGCCCUAAAAACAGACCCUGAUGAAGAGGUCCGCUUGCUAUUCACAGUUAGUGCACGUCCAAAGUUAAACCCUCCAUUACCACUAGGAUAUUACGGUAACGCCAUCGUCUUCCUGGCUGCAAUAACAACGGCUAGAAAGCUCAGCGAAAAUCCAUUAUGGUAUGCAAUAAAACUGGUGAGACAUGCCAAGGAGAGAGUGACAGAAGAGUAUGUGAGAUCGGUGGCAGAUUUAAUGGUGAUAAAGGGUCGACCCCAUUAUCCCAUGACGGGGAGUUGUUUGGUAACAGAUGUAACACGAGUAGGGUUUAAAGAUGUUGAUUUUGGAUGGGGUAAAACAGUGUAUGGAGGGCUUGCAAAAGCUGGAUUGGGUGCUAAAUUACACGGUGUAUCGCCAUUGAGUAUUUUAGUGGCAAUCAAGAAUGAGAAAGGCGAGGAUGGAAUUGCGAUGUCAAUUUGUUUGCCAGACCCAGCAAUGGAAGUAUUUGCUAAGGAAUUGGAUAUACUGUUAAAACAAGAGAUGGUAGGGCUACAGAGUAAACCGAUUUUCAUUUCUUCCGGUUUGUAAAAUAAUGACCGGUAUAAAAUCCAAGAAUAUUAAGAACGUAACAGUCCAUGGUUUACCUUAAUGAUGAUAAAUUGUUUUGAGUCA